AUGAAUAGUAAUAGUAGUAGUAAUAGUGUUCAUCAUGAAAAUGAUGUUAUUCCAUUUCUUCAUCAUGAGUAUGGUGGUAACAACAAGGUUACUACUAAUAAUAAUUCUAUGUGUCGGUUAGGGCUUCCUUUAACAGCCAUAGAUAGGUUCUUAUGUAGCCAACAACAAAGUCAAGUCCUUUACAAUGAUGAUAGUGUUUUUGAUGAAGAUUUUCAAACUAGGUUUUCUAAUUGUUAUUAUGGUGGUGGUUCAAAUAACCCUUAUUAUAAGUUUGUGUGGCCUAAUUGCACUACUCAAGAAGCAAGCAUUGUUGUUCAUGAUAAUAAUAAUCAACAAGAGGGUUUCAAUAAUUGGCUACAACAAUUUCACAAUCAAGAAGAUGUUCAUCAAGCUUUAGGGAAAACUAAUGUCAAAGUUGUGGGAAGAAACCCUAAAAAAGCUUCUUCUUCUUCUCUAUCCUUGAUCAAAGGACAAUGGACUCCUGAAGAGGACAGGAAAUUGGAGAAGCUGGUGAAACAACAUGGAACAAGGAAGUGGUCACAAAUAGCUGAAAAAUUGGAGGGAAGGGCUGGGAAGCAAUGUAGAGAGAGGUGGCAUAAUCAUCUCCGACCAGAUAUUAAGAAAGACGGUUGGAGUGAAGAAGAAGAGAGGAUAUUGGUGGAAACUCAUGCCAAGGUUGGAAAUCGUUGGGCGGAAAUCGCGAAGCAUAUACCAGGGCGAACUGAAAACUCGAUCAAGAACCAUUGGAACGCAACAAAGAGAAGGCAGAACUCAAGGAGAAAGAACAGGAAACCAUCAUCAUCAACCAACUCAAACAAUAAUGGCAAACCACAAUCUUCAAUUCUCCAAGACUACAUUAGAAGCCAAACCCUAAUUGGUACCAAUAAUAUCAAUGCUCCUAUUACCACUACUAAUUCAACCCCAACUAUUACUAGUGAAUCUGAAUGUGAUAAUAAUAAUCCAUAUUAUUCAUCACCAACAAUCAUAGCUGAAUCAUAUGAUGAUGAAUUACUCUUCAUGCAACAACUUUUCAAAGAGAAUAAUCAAAUUGUCAAUGGAGAUGGUGUUGGUAAGAACCCUAGUGAUGAAUGUGGUGAUGGGUUUGUUCAUUAUUCCAAUAAUUAUUAUUAUCUUUCAAAUCCAUGGAACAUGCACAACCCUACCACCAAUAAUAAUAAUAAUGGUUACCUUGAUUCUGAUCUCUAUAUCUCUCAAUUGAUGAACAAUGGAGUUUCAACAACAAGUUCAUCAUCAUCACUUCAUGAGGCUUAUGAGAAGAAUCAAAACAUGGAUUUUCAUUGUUCAGCUGUGAAGAAAAGUGAGAUGGAUCUGUUAGAGUUUGUUUCCACUCAAUAUCAAUUUUAA